AUGACACUUUGGAGCAGCUUUGAGGCCUUCAAUUGUAAGCCCUUAAGAGGCCUUUUACCAAAUAUUACAAUCCAGGUACGUACUGCUACUAAAAAAGCAGCCGGUUCGAGGACUUCUAUGAAAGACUCCGCAGGUCGUCGAUUAGGUCCAAAGAAAUACGAAGGACAAAUCGUUAAGCCUGGUGAAAUUUUAAUGAGACAACGUGGAACCAAGUUCUACCCGGGUGAGAAUGUAGGAAUUGGGAAAGAUCACACUAUAUUUGCUCUUGAGAAAGGAUUUGUCAGAUUUUAUUUGGAUCCUUUUCACCCUAAACGUCGUUUCGUUGGGGUAGCACUCAAAUCAGACAUAAAACUUCCGACUCCUCAUUUUGAGCCUCGCAUAAGAAGAUUUGGUCGUAGGCUUAUCAUAAAUCCAGCAGCAGCUCAAAAGGAAGAAAACUCUUUGAAUCGGAAACAGUAUCUUCAAAGGGAUUCCAUCGUUGAUGCAAUGAAGAAAAGAGAGGUUGUUCGUGAGCAAUUGAAAGAUGACUUUAUCAAGACUCUUAGGGAGCUCCUUAAAAUGAACAUUCAAGAAUCUGAGAGGGACGUGAUUUCUUCUUAUCUUUUGCGUGUUAGAUCUUGCCUGAAAAACGGUUUCAGUCUGCAGGAUGCCCAGUUCAAUGCCUUAUAUUACUUACAACAAGAAUUAGACCUGCAAGCUACCAGAGAUUCGUGGCCACAGACAGAUCUCGAGGCAAAGAAAAACGCUCUGCACACAUGGUCCGUUAAGUUGAACUCCACAACGUCUUUCAACAAUAGACUUGAAUUGAUAGCCUUCAUUUCUUCGGAGGAAAAAGAGGUUAUGAAAGCAAAUUUGAUUCGUGAUUUGGCGGCGACUGACAUAAAUACAAGGAAAGACAGAAAAAACAUAGAGAAAUUGUUCGAAGAGGCUAAAAACUAUUUGACAAGAUCUGAAGAGGUUCAUCUGCGGAGGAGAUUUCUCAAGCCCGUUAAACCAGAAAAUGUCGCAAUAUCUGAAAAAGGUGGCAAGCGAGCCACAACUCUGAGACGCUUCAAUUAUGAAAAAGGUCAAAUAGAUACCAUUUCAAGGACAAAAGAAGCAUUUUUGAGUAAGUUAUAG